CGUCGAGUCAAUUCAGUUUUAGCAACAUUUACACGGCGGUAGUUAGGAGGCAAGCGCUCGAAGCGUCGCAAUAUAGAACGUCAAUAACGACGACGACGGAUAGCGAGUGCAACAGGUGAUUCCGCGUAUUUCUGUUAGUUAGCAGCGAGCGAGAAAUUACACAACGCGGUGAAAAGGGGAGGUCGCAACACAACGUGUUAAUACUUUUCCUUUGAAGGAUUCGAACGAUUCGUUUUUAGUGCCGUUUCACUUCAAAAAUGUUUUAGGAAAAAAAGUGCGUUUAAGUGUCAUGUGUGCAGUUUAUUGUUGAAUGUCCCCUUACAGUAGAUACCGGCCUUUACCAGGCCCUGAUGGAUUGGUUCUGCAAACAUCACCCGGGUGUAGACCUUCACCGACCAGUGCUUGCAGAUUUUUGCGGUGGAUAUCCAAAUUGAGUCCCCAGCCCGUUAAUAAACAAGGAUUAGGGGUCCUGGACAUGACCGCCACGGAGAACACCAUCCGUUUUAGUGUCCAUACCCUGGACAAAGCAACCAAAGCAAAAGUUACUUUAGAAAAUUAUUACAGUAAUCUUAUAGCCCAACAUGUAGAACGAAAGCAGAGGUUAGCAAAAUUAGAAGAAUCCUUAAAAGACGACAGUCUCUCUGAGGAGCAGAAACAUGAAAAGAGGCUACAACAUGCCCAAAAAGAAACCGAAUUUCUUAGGUUAAAACGAUCUCGACUAGGCGUUGAAGACUUCGAACCCCUCAAAGUGAUAGGUAGAGGGGCCUUCGGAGAAGUUAGAUUAGUGCAGAAGAAAGAUACUGGCCACGUUUAUGCGAUGAAAAUUCUCAGGAAAGCAGACAUGUUAGAAAAAGAACAGGUGGCGCAUGUGAGAGCAGAACGGGAUAUUUUAGUAGAAGCCGAUCAUCAGUGGGUAGUAAAAAUGUAUUAUAGUUUCCAAGAUCCCAUUAAUCUAUAUUUAAUAAUGGAAUUUCUACCGGGAGGUGAUAUGAUGACCCUACUCAUGAAAAAAGACACCCUUUCUGAAGAUAGUACGCAGUUUUAUAUAACAGAAACAGCACUAGCCAUUGAUUCGAUUCAUAAACUCGGUUUCAUUCAUAGAGAUAUCAAACCGGAUAAUUUAUUGUUAGACGCCAAAGGACAUUUGAAGUUGUCUGAUUUCGGAUUAUGCACUGGUUUAAAGAAAUCCCAUCGGACGGAUUUUUAUAGGGACUUAAGUCAAGCAAAGCCUUCGGAUUUUAUUAUUACCUCAAGUCCGAUGGAUAGUAAACGCAGAGCGGAAAGCUGGAAGAAAAAUAGGAGAGCCCUGGCCUAUAGUACAGUAGGCACACCUGAUUACAUAGCACCAGAAGUAUUCAUGCAAACGGGAUACGGACCUGCUUGCGAUUGGUGGUCACUAGGUGUUAUUAUGUAUGAAAUGUUGAUAGGUUAUCCUCCGUUCUGUUCGGAAAACCCUCAAGAUACAUACACAAAAGUGAUGAAUUGGAGGGAUACGUUGGUUUUCCCCGCUGAAGUACCGAUCUCUGAAGAGGCCAAAGAUACAAUCAUUAAAUUCUGUUGUGAAGCAGACAGAAGACUGGGAUCUCAAAAAGGUCUAGAAGACCUAAAAUUAAAUCAGUUUUUCCGAGGCGUCGAUUGGGAGCAUAUAAGGGAAAGGCCAGCAGCCAUACCAGUAGAAGUUAAGUCAAUUGAUGACACAUCAAACUUUGAUGAUUUUCCUGAUGUUAAACUUGAAAUUCCUUCUGCGCCCCUUCCUCAAGACGGCGAGAUCAAUUAUAAAGAUUGGGUCUUCAUCAACUACACAUUCAAAAGAUUCGAGGGACUCACCCAGAGAGGUACUCCAACGAAGAAAUAGUUGUUUGUUAAUAGUUUUUACCACGAUAAAGAUAUACUAGGCAGUUGAAUGCCCAGCACUUAUUUUUAGAAAAUAAAGUCAUUUAAGAGAUGUUUCUAUUAAUUAUAUUAAAUAAAAAGUAGUAAGUUUCGGUAAAGACAAAUUCCACAAUAUCUUUACAUGCCAUCGAUCAUUCCGUUUAUUAUUAAUUUUUAUUUCUUUAUUAUUUGAUUUUUAAAACUAUGCUAUUUGUUUCAUCGUGUUCUUUUAAUUUUUAACUAUUGCACCAUCAACUCAAACGGUUUAUACAAGGUUGGAAAUCCAAGACAUGAAUGAAUAUACAGUGGAUACAUUUUGCCACACUGCAAGUGUAGUCUACUUCUACUCAUUUAUUUCUGAUAAAGUCACUACAGCGGUUUUAAAGAGUUUGGUGUCAUUUGCUCUAUAAAUAACCAAAUAUGUUUUGUAAGUUGUGUUCGUAUAGUGAAAUUUAACAUUAUUUUUCCUAUAUCAAUAAACUAUAUUCUUUCUAAUCUGCUCUACAUUUGAGACAAAUAAUUUUUUGGUCAUUUUAUUGCAAAUUGGAUUCUUAUUAAAUAUCUUACUUAUGUUUUUAUAAAACACGACAUACCGUUUUUGAUUACACGUAAAUCCUGAAGUAAUACUAUUAACUGAAAAAAAAAACUCGAAAUCGAUAAAAUGCCUUGUAUUGUAUCUGCUUUUUUUAUCUCCGUAACAUUCUUAACGAUGUUCCAUUUGAAUCCUUGAUUCCAGUUCUUCACGUUCCAAUACUGUUUCAAUUUUUUAUUUACUGAUUUUAAUUUAUCAAUUAAAUUAUCUUUAAAUUAACUGCUUAAUCAAUAAUGUAUAUUAGGUCUCUCUAAUUUAAGAUUAAAUAAAAUAUAUUAGAUAAAUAGAGUAUAUUACUAAAAUUGAAAAUACAAAAGGAAUUUCUUAGCUUCAUAGAUAUAUUAUUAAUAAUUUUAAAAAAUACAUUAAACAGUUGAAGUUACUGACUCGUUAGCAAACUAAAUAAAAAUAAAACAUGUGGAAUUUGUUUGUGCCGAAAUCGUUAAAUGUUCUAUCGAUUGCGCUGUAUUGUUUUCUAAAAAUAAGCUAUUUUGUGUAUUAUAGGUCUGAAGCAGUUUUGCACUGUUUUGCUUUUUUAAGAGCUGUGAAAACUGUAUCUUGCAUUGUUCUCGACGCUAUACUUCUAGAAGUAUCGUACACUUCAAAAUUAUUUAAUUCAUUAUAAGCACUUUUCCUGUACAAGACUUACAUCGUUUCGUCAAAUAUUAAAUAUACAUUACGCUUACACGAUUAACAAUUUUACAUUUUAACUUAUGUGAUCAGUUAUGUUACAAUUUUUAUUUUUUACAAUAAUAGAUUUUUAUUUCCUAUUUUUUAAUGUAAAGAUCUGCUUUUUAUAUUUAAACAUUAUUAAAGAUUUUUGGUUUUAUACUUUCAUUCUAUUUAAAUGAGAAAUUUGAUGUGAUUAUCAAAAUGAUCGAAAUGGUAAUUUGAAAAAAACUAAUAUUUUUGAUUCGGAUUAUUACAAGAGAACUGACAACUUUAUCAUUAAAAAGAGUACCUAAAUAAUUGUACUUUCUCGCUUUUUCUCACUCGUUAGAAGCAUAGAUUUGGUUUUGUUUAUGUUUAGUGUAGUCCAUAUUCCUCACUAUCUUCCAUGACUGUAUUGAUACGCGCCUGUAGGUAUUUGAAGUGUUCCGACUAUCAUCACUGUAUCAUCUGCAUAUCUCAGAUUGUUAACUCGGCUUCCGUUAAUUUUAACGCUAUAUAUAUUCUUGACCACUCAAUGUUUUAUUCAUUCCUCCGAGUUCAUAUUGAACAGGAUUGCGAAAGCACACAACUCUGACGAAAUCCCUUCUGUGUUUCUAUAUUUUCAGUUGAAUUUUCUUCUUUUUGUACUAAUUUUAGAGUUCUCGAAGUCUAGAGUUUUCCUGUAUCAUUUAUCUGAUUACUUUCACAUUGAUUAUCGUAAAUGAGCCAUAAUAAAUAAAUAUCCACAAGGAAAAAGUUUUCCUGUAGUUGGCUAUAUACCAUGUAAUACAAAAAGCAAUAAAGUCCUUUAUAAAAGGUAUAUAUUUAAAAUCCCUAAAAAGGGCUACAUCACAGAACUAGUUUUCGAUUGGUUGACCAAUCAUCAUCAGUGCUUACGUGAAAUUUACAUGCUAACCCCAAGAUAUAUUUUUACAAAAAUAUGUGGGUCAUGGCCUUUUACAAGUGAUCCGUCAAGGAAACAUCGGUUAAAAAUGCUAACUUAAGCAUGGAUGUUAGCAAUAUUUCGUUAAUACGCCCCAGGUAACAUCUGAGCUAUGGUUGGACUUGUUCACAUAGUGUCAGUAUGGCAGCAAGUGAAUAAAUACUUGCAAUUGAUUCGAGUGUCGUUCUAAACUGAUUCUCCCCCGAUUCUAAACAGCUCUUUAUAAAUUCUACGAAAACAGUUUGUUAAAGAACAUCAUCAUCAUCAUAGACAUUAAUAUGUUAGCAGAUUUGUUGGGGAUCAUCAUUGAGCUUCAGCAGCUCGGAUAGUUUGAUUAAUGAUAGCUUUGGUCGAAGUCAUCUGUUACAUGUACUGUAUACUGUUUGUUGAGAAGCUUUUUCGCAAUGUCUGCCCAUCACUGUAGAGAUUUAUCGCGUUGGCGUCGACUCUGUGGACCGAUUCUAUAAGAUCAACGCGAAACAAUUACGUUCGUUGUCGCACGGUUUGCUAUCCUGUAAGCUCAUUCGGGAAGAAUCGGAGAAGCAGAUCACGAAGCCGAUUACAAAGCGAAAGCGAUAACUAUUGGUAUUGGUAGUGAUUGGUCGAUCAUUUUCACGUGGCACACAAGCGCAAGCGCUAAGCGGGUUGUUCGUUGUUGUUGAUUCCACAAGAAUUAUUGUUGAUAAUGAAUUCGUGAUGCUCUUACACCAUCUUCCGUAAGUUCCUGUAGCUCCUCAAUCGAACUAGUUCUUUGCUUAAGCGAAAAAUAUCAAUAAACCUUCUAUCUGUUAAACCAAAUGGGUCACUUCUAUCUCGAAGGAGCCUGUUUUCCUCUCGCGUUAACCGCAGUUGGUUUCUUCGCUCGAGUUCUCCAUAUAUGUAGAACAAAUUGCACCGGCAACAUUUUUAUUAAAAUAUAAUAAAAAUAUAGUUAUUCAAGGAAAUAAUUCAAUCAAACUUGUGGUUAAAUAUGUCAUGUAACUAUCUAGUUACUCUUCUUCUUUCUUUACUUCUUCUUUUUUUACUUCCUGCACAUUUAUUUGCAAUGUUGCCAUAAUUAUUUAUUCAUGCGUCGUUUAAACUCGUAUAUUAUCGUAUGCCGCUAUGAUAACGAAGCGAAAGCGAAAACUAACCUUAUAUAAUAUGAACAUAAAUCAACUUCGCUAUCGUUUAGCUUAGUUUCCGCGAUAAUAAGGAAAAUUAUAGAAUUCGCCUACUGAGGUCUUUGACCUAAGAACUUCAAAAUUCUAGAGUAAACAGUACUAGAGAGACGUUGAUUGGGUUUAAUAAUUAAAUCUAGAACCGAGACAUUCGUGCGGUGAGCCGUCCGUGGAAUUCGAAACAGUCGUUUCCAUGUCUCUACAUUUCAAAAGCGUCUAUGAGUUGUCUAUAUCAGCGGUUCUCAAUCUGUACCACUGGUGGUACAUAUCAUUAUUUGCGGUGGUACACAAAACACAAAAAAAUUUAAAAUAAUAGACGGAGAGGCAGCGCUGAAAAAUCUCUUUGAAUUUACUAAAGCUAAAUUUUUCACAGUUGAUUACUGCGAUUGUGUAGAGAAACAUACUACGGUCGGUCAAGCGAAACGUAGUACAGGGAUUACUGAGAGGGUAUCAAAGUUGCUUUCCUACGAAGGUAAUUAAAUCCAUUUACUAAGGCUGAAAAUCAGUACGCACAUUCUAAAUUGAAUAUAAAUAAGAUUUAUUAUAGUCGGUCAGCUGUAUGACGGGACAGAGCCGGUCGGUCGGCCCCAAUGAAUGUACAUGGUUAUUCACUAUAUUUUGACCCACUUGUAAACUGCUUUAUUUACAGAAUUAGAAAAAAUGUAAAAUACAAAAGUUAUUCGAUUUUUUAUUUAUGAUUUUUUGACAUGUAUAUCGCACUAGUGACGUCAUCCAUCUGGGUUUGAUGACGUAAUCGACUAUGUUUUUAAAUAAGAAUAGGGGUCGUCUGCUAGUUUAUUUGAAAGGUUAUUCAAUUCUCUAUGCAGUACUAUAAACAUUAAGAUCAUUAUUUAUACAGGGUGUCCAAAAACAAUUUGAAUUAUUAAUUAAACAAUUAAUUUGAUGAAAAAAAAUUUUUGGACACCCUGUAUAAUUAAUCAUGUUAAUGUUUAUAUUACUGAAUAGAGAAUUGAAUAUCCUUUCAAAUGAGCUAGCACUCGACCCCUAUUCCCAUUUAAAAAAAUAGUCGAUUACGUCAUCACGCCCAGAUGGAUGACGUCACUAGUACAAUAUAUUUAUUUGUCAAAAAAUCAUAAUUAAAAAAUCGAAUAACUUUUGUAUUUUACAUUUUUUUCUAAUUCUGUAAAUAAAGCAGUUUACAAGGCGGUCAAAAUAUAGUGAAUAACCCUGUACAUUCACUGGGGCCGACCGACCGACUCUGUCCCUUCAUACAGCUGACCGACUAUAAUAACUUUUAUUUAUAUUUAAUUUAGAAUGUGUGUACUGAUUUUCAGCCUUAUUAAAUGGAUUUAAUUACCUUCGUAGGAGAGCAACUUUGAUACCCUCUCAGUAACCCCUGUUCUACGUUUCGCUUGACCGACCGCAGUAUGUUUCUCUACACAAUCACAGUAAUCAACUGUGAAAAAUCUAGCUUUAGUAAAUUCAAAGAGAUUUUUCAGCGCUGCCUCUUGGACUAUAAUAGUACUUAGUAAGUCUUGAUAAUACUAUCUAAAAAUAUAGGUGGUAACAAAAAUAAUAAAAAUAACUGUAGGUGGUACAUGACUCAAAAAGGUUGAGAACCGCUGGUCUAUAUGAUUCUGUGACUGUCCAUGUCUCGCAUGCAUAGUAAAGUAUAAAAAAGACCAGAGUUGAAACGAGCCCCUUCUUGUUUCUCAUAGUAAUGUGAUGUUCACGCCAUAUCCCGUUUAGUUCAGUCAUUGCUGCUCUUGCCAGUUCACAACUGCCUGUGAUGCUAACUAGAGCUCGGGUUUUAGGAAAGUGUUGUUGGCGAUCAAUAAUCAUGAUGUUGGUUUUGUUAUAGUUAACCAUGAGUCCAAACUUAGUACUAUGGCUCGAGUUUUUUUAAUAACUUGUAACAGUAAUAACAGUUUUAAUAACAAUGUAAACAGUAACAAGGCCCGCCGAAGGUGUACGGUUUUAUAUUUUAUCGCCAACCGUCACUAAGGCUAAGGCUCUACGGGCGACAAUUUUACGCCAGCAGUAGCCGUAAAACGAACUUAAGGUUCCGCGGAACGGAAUAGGAAUAGCCGAACUGAACCGACUACGCACAAGUCCUGUAGUCGGUUCAGUUCGGCUAUUCCUAUCACGUUCCGCGGAACCUUAAGUUCGUUUUACGGCUACUGCUGGCGUAAAAUUGUCGCCCGUGGAGCCUUAGCCUAAAGUCAUUCAUUAUUGUAUUCAUUUGCGACAGUAACGUAACACUUUAUUGUACUGAAAGAAGUAUUUUACUUUACCUGCCGCGAUUAAUCGAAUGGCGAGAAUUUGAGUGAGCUUAAAAUUUAUUUACUUUAAUUAUUAAAAAUAUUGUACACAAUUUGCGUUAUUAUCAAUUAAAUUUAUGUCAAAAAAAGUGAAAUUCUGUAGCAUUUUGUAAAUAUAUUCAUAUAAAAUAAAUUAAAACUUUACACCGAUUUAGUAAUUAUUCAAUAUUGAUAACUAUCGAUUAAAAAUCGAAAGCGGCCAUCUUGCAAAAGUUAUCUGUCAUCACUGUCAUGAAAUUAUUAUGACGUCUAAAAUUUUAAAAAUUCUUAAAUUAUAAAUUGCAAGUAAGUGUUAAAACCAAUAUCAAAUUAUUGUAGAAAGUGAAAUUGUAGAUAAUAGCUAUUUGUAUAACAAGGGAGGAAAGUGCUACUUUUCCUCCCGAGAAUGAAGUUUACUGCCCGACGCGUAGCGGAGGGCAGUAAUCAUUCAAGGGAGGAAAAGGCACUUUACUCCCACGUUAUACAUAUGGUUUUUCCACCUUCCUCAAAUAACAAGUCAUUUUUUGAUUUUUACUUAAUUUAUUUAUGUAACUAACCAACAAAAUUUAUUAAAACUAAAACUAACAAGUAGGUAGAAUAUAACUGUCAACUGUCAAAUAUAAGUCAAAUUAUUAAUGUAAACAUUGUUAAAUCAAAAUAACAAUUUACUGUUUUUUACCAUUCUGCAAAAUACAGAGUGUUUUAUAAAUAAACGUUAAAAUGUAUAGAUACUUACGUAAAAAUGUAAGAUAUUGUACAGGGCGUCAAUAAGUUAUAUUUCAUGAAUGAAAUACCAUGACGUCACUUUUACUUUUCCUCCCUAGGGAGGAAAAAUAUUUUCCUCCCUAGGGAGGAAAAGUACAACUUUGCUCCCUACAAUCUGGUCCGGAAAAGUAUACUUUCGGUAGAGGUAGGUGGAAAAAUAUAUUUUGGCAUUAUCCAAGCUGUCCAGCUUUCAGUACUUCAUUUUCCACUUUUUCAUUCAGGGAUUAUUAAAGUUAAAGAUAAUUAAUUUUAUGAAAUAAUGAAGAUAAUCAAAUUUAAAAAAAUAGUGUUAUAAUGAGAUUUUAAGGAAGUUAAAUAAACGACAGAUUUUUAUUUAAUUUAUUUUAUAAAUUUUAUAUUAUUUUUAAAUAAUUACAGAGCCCAAACUCUUACGUAGUCAACUUUAAGGUGCGAAUAUCAAAUAUCAAUCACAUUAUGUUGGCGAAAAAAUUUUAUAUGCACCACGUCAGUAAAGACCCUUUAUCGAACUCGUCUGUUACUCGCCUCGCUAGCUACGCUCGCUCUUCUCGUAACAUAAAGACUCGUUCGAUAAAGAGUCACUUUACUGACUUGGUACAUAAAUAACUAUUACACUAUUAUUUAUCGCUUUAUUACUACAACGGUAAUAAAAAGAAAUCAAAUAUAAUAUAAAAAUAAAAAAAAUAGGCAGAAUGAUGGUCCAGAAACCAGAAAAAGAAUCUAAUAUUUUACUUUGUUAGUUUGAAAUAAUAAUAAUUAUUGUUUGCCUCGAGUGGAUGCAUUUUUUCAUUUAACUAUAUCUUCUGUAAUUUGUUUCGACUUAUUUUUAAAAUUAUCUAAUUUCAUAAUGGAUUUUCAAAAAAAGAGUGCAAAAAAUGUUUGGUUACAUUUCGAGAGUAUUUCCAAUGAAAAAGCGAAAUAUAUUUUGUAAAAACAUUUAUUCUUACAAAAAUGGAAGUGUUACGAAUUUACAAAAACAAAUGAAAAUAAACACCCCGCUCUAGACAUAAAUGAGAUAAGACGAGAAAGAGACAAGUAUCGAAAACUAUUAUUACCAUUACCUUUUAAAUACAAAUCCUUAAAGUCAUAAAUACAGUGAUGAGCGCGAUAAUGACCGGCAAAAUAACGCAAAAGAUAGAAAACAUUGAGAAAACAAUGGAAAACAUUGUGAAGUAAAAAGAGAUGAAACUAGUAGAGGUGGAAAUUAUCGAUAUAAACGUAUAAAUUACCAUUGCAUUACAUAGUUUCCCACCGUUAGACGUCUGUGACAGGAGUAUUUUAUAAAAUUAUCCUGCGGAGGGACCGCAGACGUUCGGAUACAAUUAGCGUCUCUUUGCAAAGACAAUGACGUCGACUUUGCAAAGUAACAAGACAUUUACUCAACACACACACUACACAUUACACCUGAGAUAGUGAUAAGUUAUACAAUUACGUGGCUAAAGGUUCUAGUUCUAAACCAAGGCCAGAAUCAGAGAAAAAAAAUUAUCCUGUCACAGUGACAGUUGUCAUACUCCUCCGAUACGUCUAAAGGUGGCAACUAUGUAAUGUAAUGUUAAUUUAUACGUUUAUAUCGAUAAUUUCCACCUCUGCUAGUUUCAUCUCUUUUUGCUUCACAAUGUGUUAUGUUUUCCAUCUUUUGCGUUAUUUUGCGUAUUCUACCUAAAAACUAAAACUACCGAAAGUAACUAGUACCGGGUAUUGAUAGUUAAAGUAACGAAUCUUUACAAAUAUUCAAAAGUAACCAAAAUGUACAUCACUACUCUUAUGUAUUGUUUUACACAUUGUUGAUCGAAUAUUCGGACAUUUUGAACUUAAUUGUCAAUUUAAUUAUUGUACAUAGAAAAAAGUGGUAUUUUUACAUACAAAUAUUUUCAUAAAAUGCAUUUUAAUUCGCAAAUAAUUCUACGAACCAGUGAUUUCAGAAGACGGGAGUUGGUUUCGAGUUCGAUGCAAGCCUUUAUUUUUUGUGUAUAUGUUAAUUUUUGUUCAUUGUUACAAAGUGAUACUUUUUAUUAUUUUACAUUGUUUUUAACUUAUAGAAUCGUGUUUUUCGGGCUUGAGCAGCCGAGAAAUAUUUUGUAUUACGUAGCUUGAUUUAUAAUAAUGAUGGUCAAUAUUAUAAACCAAUUUGUGAUUUGCUUAGAUACAAUUAAGAUGAUACGUAGUCAUUGCAUAUUUAAUUCUGUCACAGUUCACAUGAAGUGUAAGGAGAGUAGAGAACUAACAUUUCUAAUGAAAGUGUGCACUUAAAAAUAAAAAAAGGAACCAUCCAAAAUGUGUCCUUAAUUUGAUCAUUUUUCGUUUAUAGCUUGAUUAAUCACCUAUCAAUCGAUAAACCAAAUAUACUGCUUAACAACAAAUUGGUAUAGAAUUUUGGAAACAGUUUGGAUGGAUUUGUUUUCCGAUGAAUAUUGGAAGUGGUUUAGUUUGUAUUAAUUUCUUUUUAAUCGAAUUAACUACAACCCACCGAAAGUAUGAAAACGUCAAAUUAUUCAAAAAUGUCGCUAAUAUGUAUUUUUCUUUGUUAACGUUUUAAUUGCCAUUAUAUUUUUCAUUCGUACGGUACACCGUUGCACUAAAACUGUGUCACAUUUAAACUGUCAUUGAAGGCUCAUAAUUUCGUAACGAUUUUUGUAGAGAAGAUUUACAAGAUUGAAGUCGGUCUUAUUUAAAUGUCUGUUCUAGUCAUGGGCUUUUCUGAAACUUCAGUAACAUAAGAUGGUAAAUCCAAGAAAUUAACGCACCACCUUAAAAAUGGGUCAUUUUUGAUGUCUCGAAUUUCCUGUCGUCCGAUUUAAGUGAUUGUUUUAAUAUGUUAUAUCCUUAUUCUUUAACAAUAUCGCUGUACUAAUAUUGUCGCUAGACAUUUAAAUUGUCAUUGUAUACCGAGUGUACCAAUCAAACUGUGCUUUUUUUUCUGAAAGUUCACCAUACCCAGUGGAAUAUUCUAGCAUUUCUGAAAUACUGAAAUUAAAACCUAACUAUAGCCUCAGAUUUUCUUAACAUUCUGUUUUUUUAUUCAAUCGCGUAUGUUGGAUAAUAAAAAAGUUAGGUAUGGUUCUUUUCAUGAGCAUUUUUCAGUGCGUCACAGUUUUUCGAUUUUUCUCUAACGCAUUAAAUUGUAUGUGACAGAAAAAAACGCACGUCGCUGAUUACAUUUCGUCGGUGACUUUUAUAACAUCUAAUCUAGUUGUCAAUAGAUGGCGCUAAUAAUAUAAUAUUAAAUAAUAUUAUAUUAUUCUAUAUAAAAAAAAUUUAAUCUGUACAAUUUAUAAGACUAUACAAAUCAAAGAAAAUACCAUUUUAUAAAUGCAAUAAAAACAAUUGAUUUGUUUUUAUACCAAAUUGCAAAUAAAAUGUGACAACUGUCAGAUUUAACUAAAAUGUCAUGUUAGAAUAAAUGUCAUAAAUGUGUAUUUAUCACGGACUAACCUUUUUUUCUAUCAUUUGUGAUGCACUGAAAAAUGCUCAUGAAAAGAACCAUACUUUAACAACUAGCCAUGUUUUUUAUCAAUAGGGUGUGUGCGACAAAAAGCCGAUGCCGCACUGCAGGAAGUUUGGUAGGAUGGUGGAUGGUAGAUACCUGCCUGACGACCAUCCAGCUACUUAUACCACGAAUAAUACAACGACGGUAGCCGCAGUGGCCUCCCACUACCAUCUAACCAUCUGGUUGUCCGCCAGGCGUCUAUCCACCCAAAUCAGUCAUGUUUGAUAUUCCAUCCGGGUAGCCUGGCUAUGGAGGAAAGCGUAAUAAGUGCUGUAUAUAAAAGAAGGGCAAUUUGGGACCCAACAGACCCACUAUUUGACGAAAAAUGGCUUAAAAUAUCCGUUUUAUUUAUUCUUUGCAGUUGCAUUAAAAAAAUCCAAUAUUCAAGUCAGGUGAAUUUAAAAAACAAUUUAUACCUUUAAGUCGAUUUUUCUCCACUUUCUGAAAAGUGUAAUUAGUGAGUUUAACGUUUUACCUCUAAUUGGACGACAUGCUAAAAAACAAACCAAAUGUAACAUAACAAAUGAAACAAACGAUUCCUCAGCAGUCAGUUGGAUACUGACUUCAUUUCACUCUUUCACUGCGUCCAGGAUGCAGCGCCUCUCCACCAUCCACCCUUAAAAUCCACCCUCCAAGCGACCAGCUAGCAUCCUGCAGUGCGGCAUCGGCUUAAGGGGUAAUUCUGCAUGAAAAAGAAAUGACAGUUUGCUUUAUAAACGUCUGUCCGCAAUUGCUUCGUUUCCGAGAUACGGGAAAACAUGCUAUUACAAACUAGGCACUUGUUGUCACUGGUACAGCAUAUUCCCAUGUUGGAUUGUGCUGAAGUCACUGUUAAUUGCAGUAAAGGGAAAGUCUGUGAAAUCAAGAGUUAAUGUUUAGAGAUGUAUCCCAAAUGGAAGUUAUGAACAGUUUGUGACAGACAUUCUAACAACUCUUUGAACAUACUAAUCGCAGCCGUAUCAAGUUUUAUUUUCAAUUUCACGUUUCAACGAAAAAAAAUUUAAAAUUCUGAAUAUAUUUAUUUCUGAUACAUGAAACCUAAUGUUUUGUGUUUCAACCGCUUAAAUUAUCGAUAAAAAUUAAUAAUUAAUAUGAUUUUCAUUUAUGUGAUUAAAAAAGAGAAAAACAGGCAAAGGAGUUAAAGUAGGAUAUAACAAAAUUUUUGAGUCUAUGGUUUCAUUCUAAUAUUACAAAUUUAGCCUAUUGUACUACUACACUUUCCGGUAUAACAGUUCAGUUAGUCAAUUUUUGCGAAAACAAUGUUGACUCCCCUAAUUUUUAAAUAGAUAUUAUAUGAGACAUGUCAAGGCAAAUCAUAAGUGUGGUUGUGCUAUAAGUUAGCAACAUUCCUUUCUGCUUCUGUCAGUGAGAUCAUUUUUGUCAUUCAAACACUUUGGAAAUUCAAGGCACAAGCCAAGCAUAUUUGCAGUGAAGAAAUGUGAUUUAUGAUGGAUCAAACAUAUUUAGUUAAAAGAAAGAAGAAACGAAAGUUUUUAGUUUAUGAAGGAAAUAUUACAAGUUUUAAAAAGGUAUCCAGUGUAAAACAUAUUUUGCCACAUACGUGUUAAUUGUAAGGGCGGCCGUACAGGGACUGCUGGGGUAGUUUACCCUGAGUGACAUACACGGAGAGCUCGAGCGGUCGUCGCCGACAGCUGGAGCGAUCGAUUAUUAAUUGCUCGAGCUGUUACUUGCAACUGCUUUACUUUAGCAAUUGACUUUCUGCCGCAGUUGAAUCAUGUAGUCUAAGGUCCGAAUAGGAGGUCAAAAUGUUUUCAACUUUACGCGAAUCUGCUUGCCGGAUGAAACAUUUUUUUUUUAUUAAAUUUCAUACAUAGACAAAUAUUUCUAGCAUGGGUUGCCUAUCAAAAUCGUGUCAUAGCUAUCAUUAAGGGGGGCCGAAGUGGUUGAAAUCAAUAUUUCAAACAUAUUUCUUUUUGAAGGUAUGGUAGAAUCAUUUUAUUUUUAAAUUAAAUAGGCAUAUUCAGUACAAUUCAUAGAUUACUCAAGAAAAAAAUCAAGGAAAAAUACUGAAAAAUAAGCCAACGGUGGCAAAUUUUUAAAUAACACCUCAAAAUAUAAUGAAUUUUGAGGUGGACAUAAGAACUCAUUAUUGGAGGUAGGGCUAUUUAACACUAUCUCCCUACCUCCCUAAUACCUUCGACUCGUUUUAUAGCAAGUUCGUGACAAAUGCGCUUGAGCGUAGUGAGAAACGGUCAACAGCUGUUCUUAUUUUCUUUUGUAAAUUACUCCGCGAUUCAAGAACAUAUCCGGUGUGCAUCACUUUACGAUUUGACAGACAAAAAAGAAAUUGAAAAUAAAAGUUGACAAUACUUUAAACGCGUUUCUCUCAAAAUUACUUUUUUCAGGCUGUAGACAUUGUAACUCAAAAACUACUUGACCAACUCACCUGGAAUUUUGUAUAUAUUUUCUACAAAAAUUCCUUGAGGUAACGCUGUCGAGAUAUUUUUGUUUUAAUGCUUAUUUUUUGUUUAACAAUAAUAAAUAUGUUGAUUUUCACCCUUUUUUGCAAAAAAAAUUUCUUUGUUUAGAUUUCUAAGUGAAAAUAAAAUGUUAGAAUUAGAUAAAACUAAAAAAACUCGACAGCGUUACCUCGAGAAACUCAUACGCUAAUAAAAUCUUUUUGAAUUUUUUGUUUACCGUGAUUCAAUGGUGAGUUUUGAUGUCCACCGCAAAGUUCAUUAUAUUUUGAGGUAUCUUUCAAAAAUUGGCAACCGUUGGCUUAUUUUUCAGUAUUUUUCCUUGAAUUUUUUUUUGAGGAAUCUAUGAAUUGUACUAAAUAUGCCUAUUUAAUUUAAAAAUAAAAUAAUUCUACCAUACCUUCAAAAAGAAAUAUGUUUGAAAUAUUGAUUUCAACCACUUCGGCCCCACUGAAGGAUAGCUAUGACACGAUUUUGAUAGGCAACCCAUGCCAGAAAUAUUUGUCUAUAUAUGAAAUUUAAUAAAAAAAAAUGUUUCAUCCGGCAAGCAGAUGGGUACAUUUUGACCUCUUAUUCGGAUCCCGUACUAAUGGAUUCUGACGACGAAGCACAAGCACCGCUUUUGACUGCUCCUAGCGCAGUUAAUAGCUCGAGUAGUCAGUGUCUGCCAGGGCAACCGCUCGCGAGCUGUCGACAUCAUAAUGAAAUUUCAUCGUGCUGUUGACAGCUUGAAGCGGUCGCGACUGCUCAAGCUGUCAUGUGUAUGGCAGCGAAUAUAAGAUUAUAGUUCACGGUACUGUCUCAGCGUCAAGCAGUCGAUCUCAACUGCUUGAAGCUCUACGUGUAUGUCCGACCUAAUACAUUUUUUGAAGCGAAGCUUUUUAAUUUUCGUGAUGGGGAACUAAAUGGGAAAAAGUGAAACGACAAGAAACUUUGUAACGAAAGUUAAACGUCAUUAACUGGAGAGUGAGUAUUAUUGCUCAAGCGAGUGAGCGAGAUGAUGAGUUUCUUCUACAAUGAAAAGUCUUACUUGAAGUUUUCCUCAGAUGAGCUGGUGAAUAUUUUUUAGAUCUUUUAGUUGGUUACGGUUCUAUUAAUGAUUGUAGUAGGGAUUUGGAUGGAGCAGUAGUCUGUCAUAAUGCAAUAUUCCUUUCAUGAUAAAGAAACAGGAAUUUGCUUUGUAUAAAUACUUGGUUAUGUAACAUGUAGCUUCAGUUAGUAUACGAAAUAUUUUUAAUCCCAUUAUUGCAAUGUCAGUUUUGCUUGUGCUACCCCUUCACUCCGUAUAACCAAAAUGGUCUAAUUAUUAUUUUGUAAAUUAAAACUUUAUUGUUCUAAAUGGGAAAAAAACUAAAAACAAUCCGAUCACAACUCACAUUUUUUAUAUCGAUUUUUUUGCUUUUUUGAUGAUGUAUUUCUUCAAGGUUAUGAUGUGUUUAUAUCAGUAUGGAUAGACACUUGUUAAAUUGAAAAUCCCAAUAUAUAUAUUGAAAAAUAAAGCAUUACAGUUUUUGUAAGAUUCUGAGUCACCUGAUUGUUUGAAAAUAUUAUAUUUUCAUUUAUACAUAUGUUUAUUUCAGUGGAUGUGAGAUUUUGUUUGUAUUACAGUUUAUACUAUAGUUUGUUUUUAAACCAAGAGGAGUGAUUCAAAUUUACCGCGCUGUAAUGCUUGUUUGUAAUCGCAGGCAAGUUUACUCCACUGUUAUAAAAUUUUGACACUAAUGACAGUUAUCAAAUUUUGACACAAUUGGCAUUUCAUAGGUUAAUUAAGUUAUAUCAGCGAUUUUUUGUAUUUCCUGCGUUAUUCCUUUAAUUUUUAGAUUUUUAGUCUGCUUUUAUACCGGGUAUCCACUUAUAUUUUCCCCAUUUUAACUGCCUAUAACUUCUAAGCGGCUCAAGAUAGAAAUAUGCGGUUUUCGCUGAAAUGUUUUAUUUUAGUAAAAGUUUUGUUUGCAUGGAUUAAAUUUUUAUAUCACUGUUAAAUAAAAAAUUGCGGAUUUUUGAAAAAAAAACGGUGUUGACUUAUUUUAUUGAAACACCCAGUAUAUUUUUUUGUAGUGCACCAAUUUGCUUAGUUAUAUGUUAUUUAGUUAUGUGAUAUCCACGUUGCAGCUCUCAUUUUAAAAAUUAAUUACUCAGUCAUUUAACAACCGAUUUUAAAAAACUUUAUAUCGCUGGAUAGGUGAAUGACCGUUCUUUCAAUUUACAAAAAAAUAUACUGGGUAUUCAAAUAAAAAAAAAUUAACAAAGUUUUUUCAAAAAUCCGCCAUUUUUCUUUUCGUAAUUGACAGCGAUAUAAAAAAUGCAAUGCAUUCAGACAAAACUUUUACUAAAAUAAAACAUUUCAGCGAAAACCGCAUAUUUCUAUCUUGAGCCGUUUAGAAGUUAUAGGCAGUUAAAAUGGGGGAAAAUAUAAGUGGACACCCGGUAUAAAAAGCAGUUGUUUUUAGAACUCUUUAGCGACGUAUUAAUAUAAUAUAACAUUUAUGGAUUACCGUCGAGGGCCGACAUGAUCAAUCAAAAAAGAAGAUGUAUUUCGUGAUUAUUCUAGUGACUUUCAUGGGUGUGAAUCUGUCUUUUUAGUUUACUCCUCCUGGUUAAAAAAUAAACCAUAGUUAAGUAUAAAAACAUUCAAGAUUUGAUAUUUUUCAAAAUUUUCAAUACCUUUGUAUAUUCGCUAUUUUAGGUGCUCACUAUCUAAUGGCGUUGUGUAUACCCAGUAUAAUAACACGAUUAAUGUUAAUUUUUGAUUGGCAAAAUCAUUAAAAUAAAACAAGUUGUUGGCUGGUAGUUCGAAUAUAUUACAUCAAUGGGGAAUGUUACAUGCAAGGAUACAGAAAAAAAGCCAUUUUGCGUACUUUAUAGUCAAUUAUUAUCAAAGAAGUAAAAAGAUUUAUACGUUUAUUAGUACACACAAUAAAAUUUAUUCUCAUUUCUACGCAAUUCAUUAGAGAAGCCCAAAAUUUCCGACCCUCUGCUAAUUUUUCAGAUCAGUAGUACUGUACAAGACUACAGAACUAUCUGACAUUGCCAAGGUCAGCCGAUCGAAAACUUUGGCUACGCGAUAUUGUCAGAUCAAUCGGAAUUCAAAGAUUUUUCUGUUUUUUAUUUGCUACCUGUUUCAUUUCUUUCUAUGUAUUUCUUCCUGCAUACAUUUUAAAACAAUGUAUUCUAAAUAAACAACUAUUCGACGAUUUUAUCUGGCAAUGUCGCAAAACCACUGAUUUCGUACACAAUGCAUUUUAAAUUGAUGUUUACUCUUUGCACCAACGCGUUCAACUGAGUUACCUUCCAAUUUCAGAUAUUUCUGUACAACUGUACCAGAUAAGUGUCUGCCCUCCUCAACAUGUCGCUAAAUUGCCAUGUAUAUACUGUCGACAUGCACGACGGCAUUUCAUGUACAUAACCAUCAAAUGCGUUGUAUGUAGCACGCUUAUCGAGUUUUUUGUAGUGUAACUGCAAUUAAUAUCCACGAGUAUCGGGAAACUUACUCAGUAAACUGUUAGAUGUUUAGCAAUUUGAUUGAGCUUAAACGUUAACUUUUUGUACCUUAGUUCCUUUAAAAAAAAUGUUUGUAUCGAGUCUAGAUGUCAUUUUGUUAAUGGAUUGCUAGACAUAUCAAUGUUUGGCUGUUAAAUAGCCUUUGAUUAUGGUUGUAAAACUAUGUAGGGAGACAAAAUUUAAAAUAAGUUUAAUGUAAAGUAGCUCUCUAUAAUUGCCCUGCAAACUGUUUUGACUACGUUUCAGAUAAGCCUAUAGUAGAAUGUAUAUUUAUGGAUACUUUGUUAUUUAUUCCUAUUUGUAUUUUAUAGUUGGUCUCGCUAACAGGACUGUACAUAUGUUUACUUCCAAAAAUGUGUAUAACUAAAAAAUAAACUCCUCUGUGCUUUA